UAACGUUGCUAUUAAACCUAAAUGGGUAAGGGUGUCUCAGCCCACUACAAUUGAAACGGUGAGGAGCAAGCAAGCUCAUUUUGAUACGUUAAUCCUGCACCGAGUCCUAUUGAGAGUCUGCUGCAAAACCCUAAAACCUCGAACGUCCUCUGCGCAUGAAUCCUAAAUCGACCAGUACCCUUCCGAUUCUCCUGCAAAAGGAGAGCUAUGAGCACCUAUUGUUCAUCCGAAUCCCAAGAUAAUGAAUAUAAUUGAGGGUGUUAUUAGUGUUCACUUCAUUUUCUUAGCAACAAUGCGACUUUACCUGCGCGGUCUCUUCCACGUUGGUCGUAGAGCCUCUUGCCGUGUAAGCCCUCUCUCUCCGAACACCCUGAACUCCAUUAACCCAUUUUUCAAUACUAUCACUGUUUCUUCAUCGCAUGGUUCUUUCCUUGAUUGCCCUUUGAUUUGGUUCACCAGCUUCCUCUGCAUAAUCAGAUACCCUUUUGUCAGCAAAUCUAGCCCCAACAGUAUUUGCGAUGAUAUUAGUAAAGAAUCAAUUUGUAAUAUUAUUCAAAUUAUUCAGCAAGAGCCGUGGGAUGACAAUAGGAUUAUCGGUUUAUUUGACUCGGCGCUGGCGCCCAUAUGGAUGUCUAGGGUUUUGGUGGAAUUGAAAGGGGAUCCAAAGUUAGCUUUGCGGUUCUUCAAAUGGACAGGAAGCCGAAUCGGGUUUUGCCACACAACGGAGUCCUAUUGUAUUUUGAUUCAUAUGUUGUUUUACGCGAGAAUGUACUUCGACACUCAUAGGAUUAUUAGAGAGUUAGUUUUGUUGAAGUGGGUUUUGCCAGGUUGCCAUGUGUUUGACGUAUUGUGGUCGACAAGGGGUGUUUGUGUUCCAGGGUUUGGUGUGUUUGAUGCUUUAUUUAGUGUUCUGACUGGGCUAGGAAUGCUGGAGGAAGCGAGCGAGUGUUUUUUGAGGAUGGAGAAGUACAGGGUUUUGCCAAAAGCUCGGUCUUGUAAUGAACUUUUGCAUAGGCUUUCAAAGUCAGGGAAGAGAGAAUUGUCGAGGAAGUUUUUUGAAGAUAUGGUUGAGGCUGGAAUUAGCCCUUCGGUUUUCACUUAUAAUAUAAUGAUAGACUAUAUGUGCAAAGGAGGAGAUUUGGGAGCCGCUAGAAGCUUGUUCGAAAAAAUGAAACAAACUGGCCUUAUGCCCGAUGUUGUCACAUAUAAUUCUCUUAUUGAUGGACAUGGAAAGUUUGGGUUCUUGGAUGAAUCAGCUAGUAUAUUUGAAGAAAUGAAGGAUGCAGGUUGUGAACCUGAUGUAAUAACGUAUAAUGCUUUAAUUAAUUCUUUCUGUAAAUUUGAAAGAAUGCCUCAAGCUUUUGAGUUUCUUCAUGAGAUGAAGAUCAAUGGGGUGGUACUGAAUGUUGUAACUUAUAGCACAUUAAUCGAUGCAUUUUGUAAGGAAGGGAUGAUGCAAGAGGCAAUUAAAUUUUUUGUUUACAUGAGACGUGUUGGUCUUCUGCCGAAUGAAUUUACUUACACUUCUCUGAUUGAUGCAAGUUGUAAAUUAGGCAAUCUAAAUGAUGCUUUGAAACUGGCUAAUGAGAUGCUGCAGGCAGGAGUUAACUUGAAUAUUGUCACCUACACAGCUCUAGUGGAUGGUCUUUGUGAAGGUGGGAGGAUAAAGGAAGCAGAAGAAGUUUUUCAGGCAAUGCUGAAAGCUGGAGUAAUUCCUAACCAGAAAACUUAUACUGCCCUUGUCCAUGGGUAUAUUAAGGCUAGUAAAAUUGAGAGUGCUAUGGAUAUGUUGACAGAAAUGAAGGAGAAGAGCAUCAUACCCGAUAUAGUGCUGUAUGGGACCAUCAUUUGGUGCCUGUGCAGCCAAAAUAAGCUUGAAGAAUCUAAGCUUUUAAUCAGGGAAAUGAGUGCUUGUGGUGUAAGUGCAAAUCAGUUUAUAUACACAACCCUUAUGGAUGCUUAUUUCAAGGCAGGAAAAACUGCAGAGGCUCUCAAUCUGCUACAGGAGUUACUGGACUUGAAUAUUGAGGUCAGUGUUGUUACUUAUUGUGCACUAAUUGAUGGUUUGUGCAAAAUGGGAUUGGUUGAAGAGGCAAUCAAGCAUUUUAAUAGCAUGAACGACAUUGGUAUGAAACCUAAUGUUGCAGUUUAUACAGCAUUAAUUGAUGGUCUUUGUAAAAAUAAUAGUAUUGAAGCAGCCAAGAAGCUGUUUGAUGAAAUGCUGGACAAGGGUGUGAUUCCUGAUAGAAGUUCUUACACUGCUUUAAUUGAUGGGAACUUAAAGCAUGGGAAUCUUCAGGAAGCUUUGAAUUUGCGAGAUAUAAUGAUUGAUUUGGGUAUGGAGUUUGAUCUGCCGGCAUAUACUUCUUUGAUUUGGGGUUUUUCUCGGUGUGGCGAGGUGCAACGAGCAAAGGAGCUGUUUGAUGAGAUGAUUCAGAGGGGUAUCCAUCCCGAUGAGAUUCUGUGUAUAUGUCUAUUGAGGAAGUAUUAUGAGCUGGGAAAAGUGGAUGAAGCCAUUGAAUUGCAAAAUGUGAUGGUCAAAAAGUGUCUAAUUACUUGCAGUGAUGAUCUCGCAGUUCCUACUUUACAAACUUGAGAGAGAAAUAUAUUUCCAGCCUUAGUUCGACGGAGCUGUGUUCAGUGUUUGGAUCAGAAACACAACACAGUUUACCUUUCCUAAGUGGGAAUAUGAGAACCCACGUUUCCUGGAGUAUAUAUGAUGUCAGAAAAUGCUCUUGGACAUUCGUGCCAACUUUGAACACCUACAGUUAUCUUUGUUGUGCGGUAUCAUAGCCUUGAGGUGGUUGCCCAAUUGCAUGACAAGCAUCAACAGAAAGAUGACUAAGAUGCGGAAUUGAGUGGAUGAAGAUUAUAUGCAUAAGCCCCAAGCUCAACCCCAAAGGAAUUUCUUUUAUGCUUGUGUAAUGCUCUGGAAUUUCAAGUGGCACAACAACAUAGAUUUAUAUAUUUUUGGGAAAGCAUGCCAUACACACCCAUGUGGUUUGGUCUUUUGAGACCCCAUUUUCAAAAAGUGAGCAUUUAAGACCUUAGUUUUGGAACUGUUGAAAUUUAAAAGCCUUUUUGUAGUUUUUUAACAAAAGAAAAGGGGGGGGGGGGGGGGGGGGGCAGGUGAGAUCCCCACGAUGGGCGGUAGGCCAAUGGCCCCUUGCGGUUUACGGGUGGGGAGAGAUAAUCCUGCUGGGUGGGUUGAUGGGUGGUGGGAGAUCCUUCUGUGCCAGCUGCCCACCAUGAACGGUUGAGUAUCCAUUUCUUUUUGGAAGGUAUAAACUUAAUUUCCAUUCUUUUUUGUUGAAGUACUACUAGAAUCCUUUGAAAGCAAAAAUUCUGUCUCAGAUGUUCGCUUUUGGAACUACAGUCUCAAAAAUGCCAGACCACCACAAUGGGCGUGUGGAAUAUCUUCCCUAUGCUUUUUGAACAUGUGCCAGUCGUUUACUUGUGACCUUGUGUUAAAUAAGUUUUGGUAUUCUUUGUACUUGUCUACAAAAGCUAUCAUUGAUGGCAAAUCUCAAAUGCACUUUGUUUUUGGUGCUAAUCAAAACAACCAUGAUAUGCUGCUUUAAAGACCAAGUGUUUCGCGGUGGGUAUGUGAGACUGCUAUUUAUUUAUUGAGCUUUGUUUUGCACGC